AUGAAAGAGCAUGCCGUUCAUUGGAGUUUCUUUUUUUCUCUUCUCCCCGUUUUUGUAGAAAGCAGUAAAUUAGCCGACUUGAUCGCAGAUCUAGACUCUACAGCACCAAAAGAUUAUGACCCAGAAGAUGUUUUAGAGCCUAUGAAUGAUAAGGCUGAUCAAAGUGACGCUAAUAACAGCGAUAAUGAUUAUGCCGACGACUCAGCUGCCCGAGAACAUUAUGUGUCUGUUGGCAAAAGUAAACUUCGCAACGACCAACCUCUUUUAGACGACCCCCGAUAUGCUGGUAAACGAACAAGCCGUAAAGAUUUAUUUGAUGACAAUGAAGAAGAGGUAGAGGACGAGGAUGAAAACGAGGAUGAGGUUGAUGACGAAGAAAGUGAUAGUAGUAGUGUUGAUCAGAACGAAAACGACGACGAUGGUGAUGAUGAUAAAGAGGUUUAUACCGAUACAAAUGAAGAUACCAAUUUGGAAUCGUCUGGCAAUGAUGAUGAUGAUGAUGAUGAUGAUACUGCAGCUGUUGACGACGAAGAAGACAAAGAUGAGAGUGAAGUAGACGAACAACAAGAUGAUGAUGAGGUUAACAAUGAACUUCGUAAAAUCCAACAGGAAGAAAGGCAAAUGAUUUCUCAGCUAUCGCAAAGUGCUCAAGCGGACGCCGAAAAGGGCAAACAUGUUCGACAGCAACUCACUCUCUGGGAUAACUGUUUAGAAAGCCGUAUUCGUAUGCAAAAAGUCGUGGAUGAUGCCAACCGACUCCCUCAAAAUGAUACCUAUUAUGACUUUUUAGCUAAAUCCGAAGGUGUUGAAAAAGAUUUGGAAGUGGCAAAAACUGAAUUACGAGAAAUUAUUGAUGAUUUGAUGGAUAUUCGCUCUGGAUUAUUUGCACAACACGGUUCUGUAGAUUUGACAGAUAAGGAACUGAACAGCAGAAAGCGACAUUUGGAUGAUGACGAUGAUGAAUAUUUAGACAAGUUGUGGAAGGAUAUUUCAGAAAUGAAUGAUGUCUUUGUCCCUUUCCGUAACAGUACUCUUGAAAAAUGGAGUAACAAAGUACAAGCAGCCUCUGGUGCUCGUCUCAAUAAGAAAUUCAAAGCUUUUGAUCAAAAUAUCAUGUCGCAAAUAGAAAAUGCAAUGGCAGACAAAGAAGGUCUGAUCAAAAGAACUCAGUUACAGAGAUCUGAUUAUAAGAUCAUUGGUAAAACAGCACAAGAAGCAACACCAACACCAGCAGAUAUGGAUAAAAAGCCUGACCGUCAUUUGAACAAUUAUGACGUUGAGAUCUUUGAUGAUCAUGACUUUUAUCAACAACAAUUACGUGAAUUGAUCGAAUCUCGUAUGGUAGACACAGAUGACCCAUUAGCUAUUGGUAUGCGUUGGGCAGCGAGAAAACAAACAGAACAAAAGAAGAAGAAGAAAGAUGUGAACAGAAAAGCAAGUAAAGGACGUCAGCUCAGAUUCAACGUGCAUGAAAAAUUACAGAAUUUUAUGGCACCUAUACCUGUUGGUGAAUGGCAUGAAUCUAUGAUUGAUGAGCUAUAUUCCUCAUUGCUUGGUCAGAAGAUGGGCUUGUGA